CUGACGUACUCACUAACAUACAGCUUCUAGCGCCUUGGUCCAUUCAUCGAUUCUCGUGAUUCUCAUUCAUCAGUUGGCAUUUGUCGCAGUUGUUUGUCCUGUGCUCAUCUGAGGAGCGGAAAUCGUCGUCGUCUUUACGUGAGCUUGGAAAGGUAAACAUUUAAUUGCGACGAUGGGCUGGUCACCUUUUGCUCUCGUGGUCAUCUUCGCCGCCUUGGGCAGUGCGCAGGGAACCGGGACUGUCCAAAAUCCCGUCAGAAUCGGGGCCUGGAACCUGCAGCGAUUUGGCCCAACGAAGAUGGGGAAACCGGAAGUCGUCGCGAAAAUCGUGCAGGUGAUGAGAAAAUACGACAUCAUUGUGAUUCUGGAAGUUGUGGAUGCAGACGAGCAGGUUCCCGGGCUUCUGUUGAACGCCCUAAAUUCUGGACUUACGAAUACUUAUAACCUUACCAUCUCCAGGAGGCUGGGAAGGACAAGCUACCAAGAACAAUACGCUUUUUACUGGAAACCAUCGGUCGUGAGGGUCAAUUUCACGUAUCAGUACAACGAUACGGUACUGGACAAGUUCCAGUUUGAGCCGUUCAUCGUCGUCUUCGAAGGGAAAUUCGACAGAAACCUGCCAAGGUUUGGGUUCAUACCGCUCCAUGCCAAACCGUCCGACGCCGUGCCCGAGAUAGAUGCCCUCGUGGAUGUUUACAACACAUUCAAACAAGAGACGGGCAUCGAAGACGUCAUCAUCGCCGGAGACUUCAACGCUGGAUGUACUUACGUCGGAGGAAACGAUUAUCCAAAGAUUCGUCUGUUCACAGAUCCCAGGUUCACUUGGCUCAUCUCAGACCAUGCUGACACAACCACUGAAGCUACCACGUGUCCCUAUGAUAGAAUCGUAGCAGCUGGCAACAAAAUGCUUAGCGCAACCUACGACAACACCGCGCAGCCGUACUAUUUCGACGAGGACCUGGGUAUCACAAAUGCGGCGUUGGUAGACGACAUCAGCGACCACUACCCCGUUGAAGUGUUGCUCAAAGGCUCCAGCACCAUUGAUUCAAGUAAAGUCCAUCCUGGUACCAGCAUCAGUGUUGCCAUCUCUGUCACUCCAGCAGACUUGUCGAACUUCUCUUUCUCAUCGACGACGAACUUCAUGGUUAUGUCGUGGGUGAGCCCCAACGCUGCCGCCGCCGUUUCGUCCAUAGAGGCUUUCUCUCAAAGCAACCCCAACAUCCUGAGUGCAGAAGGUUUAGCUGUUCUCCUCUACAAGUAUAACAACGGAGGACUGACUGAUUCCACCCUCCACGGAGAGUACUACCAACAAGGCAACCACACAGUCACAGUCCAUUGCAACAGUGACCACAAUCUGUGUACCACUACUUGGACCGUCUUUACACCCAUCAAUUAAUUUCUUCACGUCAGUUAUAUAUCUAUCACCUUCUAUGCAUGACUCCCUAUAGGGGAGUAGUGCCGUCAGUGCACCCCACGCGGUGCAUUGUAGGCAUUACUUAGGUUAUUUGCAGCGUCCCUCCGGCCCCUAUAGCUGCAACCUCUUUCAUUUCUUUUGCUGUGCCUCAGUUCAUAUUCGCUUUCUUCCGUCUGACUUUCCACCCUCUGCUAACAAUCUUUUCAUACUGCAUCUGCCAGGAGGUUUUCCUCCUGUUACACCUUUCCAACCUUCGCUCUGUCAAUUUCCCUGUCAGCGCCGAAUGACCUCAUAGGUCCCAGCGCUUGGUCUUUGACCUAAAUUCUAUAUUCCAAUUCCAGUUGUUAUUUCUGGAUGAAGUUUUGACACUUUGUUACGUUCUAGUGAACUUUUCACGUGCACGUCAAUUGCCUGCCAUCUAGUGAGUAUGUUUGCCAAUGCUUACUAAAUGUUAUAAGCUGGCAAAAUCUCUUUUAAUAUUAUACUGGAUGGCUUUAUAUUAAAUGUAUUUGGUAUGACUACACUCGAUCACCUUAAUUACCUAGUAUGUGAUUACAACAUUUUUCAUGCUACCCAUUGCACUUGAUUUUCCUUUUUUUGUAUGUCAUAAAAGUUCAUGCAUUUUACCAUCCACUGUAUAAUGAUAAUUUUUAAAAAUUAUUGUGAACUGUAAUUCACAAUUAAUCUAAAAUUCUGUUUUGAUGUCACGGGUAUCAUAUGAUACUGAAAUUAUAACUAGGUUCUACAAUAAAUGGAUUAGAAUUUUU